AUGUUCAGACCAAUCGCUAUCACUACUACUACUACUACUACUACUACUACUACUACUACUACUACUACUACUACUACUACUACUACUCCUACUCCUACUCCUACUCCUACUCCUACUCCUACUCCUACUACUACUACUACUACUACUACUACUACUACUACUACUACUCCUACUACUACCACUACCACUACCGUUAUUACCUCAACGUUGAACGUAUCACCAGGUUUAAGGCCAGCCGGCACCUGUACCUGCAUUGGUCUGCCUGUAGCAGGAUCAGUGAUCUGCAGAGUGCUACCCCCAGUAGCACCUUGGGGGACCUGGACUGUUAGAAUUGCCAUAAUAAAGAUCAACUAA